AUGGAUCAUAAUUUAGGUGACUCUUUAAAUUUGGAUAGUGCUAUGGGAGUGGAUUUUGAACAUACAGAAGAUACAGUAACCAGUCAAACAGAUAUAACUUUGGAAGAUAGUGGCCAUGGGGGUGGAAUUCCUAUGGAGUUUGAGCACAUUGAAGAACAGCCUAUAUUAAUGGAUACUGGUAGUGAAGAAAUCAUUGAUUUUAUGGGGGAGCAGUUUACACUACAGGAGUACACAGAGCAUGAAGAUCAAAAUACUGUUUUGUCUACAACUGGGGAUUCAAAUCAAAGUACUACUAUUACAUCCCAAGCAGACACUAUUAUAGAAAUUGAAACCAAACCGCAAAGAACAAAAGAAGAUUAUACAUUACCUAAGAUAGUUACAGUAAAGACAGCAUUGUCACCAAAUCUUAUUGGAGAGGUUAAAAAAAGUGAACCUGAAGUCUACACAUCAGCACCACGUCAAGUUGCUAUAGCUCCAAAACCUCCAGUUCUCGUUCAAACGUCUAAAGCAUAUGUAUCAGGCAAACAAUUUGCUAUUGCACCAAAACCUGUGUCAUUAAUCACAAAUAAAAGCAAUAGUUUUCUUAAGAAAGUUACUCUCGCUAGUGUCAUGCAGGGAAAUGCCAAAGGAAAUACAGUUUUGACACAAAUUGGUAAACAGCUUGUUAUGAUGCCUGUGGCCAGCGCUCAAAAAUUGAAGCUAGUAUCUACUGGUUCAGGUGUUUCUACUGGGUCGGGAGUGCCUACUGUGCAGUAUAUACGAGCUAAUGCAGGAGAUAAGGGUCAACUUAUCCAGGCCAAAAACAUUAGUAUUCAGCCCAAUAAACCAAUAAUGACGAAAGUAAUAGUUCAAGGACAAGCAAAUGUUGAAGUGAAUGGUCAACAAACUGUCAUAACAAAAGUCACGCCUGUAUCUAGCACCAAAUCCCCAACCCGUUAUGUUACAAUGCAACAGAAAACUGUGCCUUUGAACCUUGGCAAUAAGGUUUUACUAAGUUCUCCAACAAAAUCGGGAGUAAAAUUUGCGAAAAAACAACAAAUAAUAGCUUUCAAAUCACCAGAAAAAGUUUCACAAGCCAAUCAAGGACCAACCACAAAGAAAGUAGUAAUAACGUCGAAUCCAUCUCAAAAUGUCAUAUUAAAGACCACUGCACCGCCUAAGACAGCACAAAUUAUUAAAGAUGGUAACAUUGUUGUUGACGGGCAACGCACGCAAUUGCAUCAAAUAAAUGUACCUGGUAAAGGCAUCCAGUAUAUCAGACUAAUCACAAAUUCAGCAUCAGCAUCGACAAAGCCCAAAAUUCAGCCACAAACAGUCAAUGUACCAUCCAAAACAUUUGUGUUGACUGACAAUAAGGGUAAUUUGAUCCAGAUGUCAGCAGAAAAGGUCAGCACGGGUCAGCCACCACCUUUAGUAGUAACAGGAAAUACAACUACUCUUAAUAAAUUGACCGUAAAGCCACAACAGAAGUUGGUGAAGAUAGCACCUUUAGUUCCUAAAUCAGCGCAAUCCAUAAUGACAAGCAGGUCGUCGCAGAGUCUUCUAGCGCCACUAUCGCCAAUGUCUGAAGUACAGCAAAGUGCCACUUCGGACUUAGUGUCUAAGGAAACCGAAGAGAUGGAUUCAAAAGCGGCGUUACGGGCUCUCGUGGCCGAAGUGAUGCGGGACGAAGAGCAGAGCGAUACACAGACAGACACUCAGCCAGAUGACGAACAGACGGACACGCGGGACAUGAUUGUCUCUGUUGAUGAGGUUGAAGUGGAAUUCAAACGGGAUUGCUACUCAGAUGGCGAUGAAAAGAAUGAUAGCAUGGACCAACAUGACUCGAGUGGUAGAUCAGAAGAGCAUUCACUGAUUGUCAUCCCUUCAAACUAUUUAAAAGAGACUAAUACCAUGAAUUUGAAUGACAACCAAUCUGCACAUGAGGACUCGCAAAAAAUGAAUAGCUUGUUAAGUGUUGAUGCAGAUUUACUAAAUGCAUAUCAGUCACCAAGAACACCGCAAGCUACUUCUGAAACAGAAAUGGUGUCCACAGAACUUGGCUUAAGGCCAAGAAAGGCAUGCAACUGUACAAAGUCUCAGUGCCUUAAAUUAUAUUGUGACUGCUUUGCAAAUGGGGAGUUUUGCAAUCGAUGUAACUGCAACAACUGUCAUAAUAACUUGGAAAAUGAAGAGCUGAGGCAAAAAGCUAUCAGGGGAUGUCUUGAUAGAAAUCCUAACGCCUUUAGGCCCAAAAUUGGCAAAGCCAAAAUUGGAGGUCCAGAAAUAGUUCGGAGACACAAUAAGGGCUGUAAUUGUAAACGAAGUGGCUGUCUCAAAAACUACUGUGAAUGUUACGAGGCAAAAAUAGCGUGCACGUCGAUAUGCAAAUGUGUCGGCUGCCGCAACGUGGAGGAGACGCUAGAGAGAUCGCGGCGCCGCGACCCCCCGCCCCCCGCCGUCACCAACCCGCUGUACCGGCCGCCGCCGCCGCAACAACUCAAGCAGCCGUGCAGUUUCAUGACGACGGAGGUGAUCGAGGCGGUGUGCCAGUGCCUACUGGCGGCGGGUGGAGAGGGGCGUGAGGAGGCGGGAGGGGACGGCCGCGCUGAAAUGGGGGUCGACCCCACGCGUGACGUCAUUGAAGAGUUCGCACGUUGUCUGCAGGACAUCAUCAGCGCUGCGCAACAUUCCUCGCCCUUGACGCUGCUUGAUGAGAGCCCUGCGUGA